CCAGCAGGUGGCGGUAAGCACCGCCCGGAGAAGAACUCCUCCUCCUCCUUCUCCUCCUCCCUCUUCUCCUCCUCCUCCUCCACUGUAAGCAGAGUUGUUGUCGAGCUGGUGGACUAACACACCAGGAGCAUUUCUCCUCUGUCUCUGUGAUUUACAAAACGUUCACAUUGGUGUACUGUGGAGGUGAACAUGUCGUCCUGGGCCAAAUCGUCCGCAGCGGCCCGGCGGCCUCCGGCGAACCCGAACGGGAGUGCUCAGCAGCUGCGUUUGUUUCGGAGAGCAGCGCCCUACCCCUCCAGAGAGGAGCGGACCGAGGAGCUGAAGGAUGCGCUGGACAGUUAUGAAGAGCUCGAGCAAAUACAAAACUACAGCGGAAAUGUGAAGUAUGAGGGAUACAAGCAUCAGCCCAACGCCAAAUCAGACGGCUGCACUCCGGCAGACAGACGUAAAGCCCUGUACCAGAAGUUCUACAGACAGGUGCAGGAGGAGAGGAAGCCGGCCGACUGCGUGGUCCUCUCCGUCACCAGCCAGUGCCUGGAUUACCCCAAAUCGCUAAGCCAGUGUUUGCAGGAGCGUGGCCUGUCAGUGGAAAUGCUCUACCUUCAGGCGGAAUCGGGCCUGACCCGGGCCCUGCAGGAUGUCCGAGCAGACGGCUCCUCGUUAUGUAUUCUGGUGGAGCAGACAAAUGUAGCUCUGUCCUCCUGCACUGUUAUCAUAUUCUCAGAAUCCCUCAAAAUACAUCGCAACAUGCCCAAAGACCAAGCUAUGGACUUUGUUGCGGCCGAGUACGGUCGCGGACUCGUCAAAGAGCGCCCGCCGAGGGACCCCGCAGAUAUCGCAGCGCAGGCGUCACAGCUGCUGGAUGACUAUCUAGACCGAGAAAAGAUCGAGCGCCACACGGUUCCCUCUGAAACCCGUCCGCUACUCAUGCUGUUAGCUGAGGGAGUGCACCUCUACCCCGAAGAGCUGGAAACUAUCUCAGAGUACGUCCGGUCCCGGCAGGAGCACUUACAAGUCUCCAACACUGAAGGGGAAAGGGGUAACAUGUUACCUCCAGGACUGGGGAAACCACCUCCUCUACUCCCUACUCCACCCGGGCCUCCUCAACCCCAGUCUGCUGGAGGGGCGCCCAUGAUGGACCACAACCCACCUCCACCCACUCCUCUCUUGCCUCCACCAGGUUCUUACCCAAAAACCAAACCUCCUCCGCUACUGUCUUUGCACCGACCUCCUGGUCCAUCGUUAGGGACUCCAGCUUUACGGGGCCCCAUGCCUUCACACAUGCCCUACGGUGGCCCACCUAUGGCUCGUGGGCCCCUUCUUCACCACGCUCCUCAAUUUCACCCAGGCCCCCGAGGCCCCCACGGGAAUAGAGGAGUCCCACCGUCUCUAAAGAGUUCCCGUCCACCACUUCUCUCUUCUCCAGGUCCCCCUCUUCAACGACCGAGCGGCCCUCGACACUAAGAAUUGGCAGAGACACACACCUCUCUCUCUCUCACACACUGUAUUCACACGAAAUCAGGCGAUUCGUUAUUCGGUGGUGUGAGUGUAUGAUCGCUGUGACACAAUCGUAAAAUAAUAUUUUAUUCCUUUUGAUUCACUGGCUUUCUCGCCGCCACCACCACCACUCCUACUCUUCAUUAACUCUUUAUCUCGCUUGAGCGCCUUUUCUCCAUCGCCACGCUGUUACGGACAUACCCACAUUCAGAUGAACGGGAGGAAUGGUGUUUUUUUUUUUGCCACGUCGCCUGAUUUGGCGUGAAGUGCCAGCAGUGUUUUGAGGUUUUCAGAAGAGUCCUGGGCCUGGACCUGUUCUGCCUUUUCUAAAAAAAAAAAAAACUAAAAAAAAACUAAAUAAAGACAAGAAAAAAAAGACUAAAAAGUAGUAAACUACAUUCAGUUAAAAAAACAGGUGGUAUUACCAUCUUUAUUUGGAUGGAUCGAUGAAGGAUGGCAUGGAGUAUUCUGAUGACCAUUUUAAAAGGAGAGCUGAAACGAUGAGUCGAUUAAUCGCGGUUGGCAACAAUUUUGAUGAUCUUUCUGUCUUUUUAAGAAAAAAUGUCCAUGUUUCUUUAGUCCUCUGUGACAAUAAACUGAAUAUCUUUAGGUUGUGGACAAAGCAAGACAUUUGAGGACAUCACCUUGUGUUUAGAGAAAAUAGGAAUUAACAUGGACCGAAGAACUAAAUGAUUACUUGAGAAAAUUAUCAAUUGAUUCAUCAACACUGAACACAUUGUUGCAGCUGUACUUAAAGUCCCAGUGUGUUAUAUUUAGGGGCAUCUAUUGGCAGCAAAUGUCAUAAAAGAAAUCUACAAAAGGAGCAAGUCCUCUUAUGCGUUUUUAUACAAAUUUCAUAGCAACCAUAGUUUCUAUUAUGCACUUGGAAGGGGAGACCGAGGCAAGGGGUAUUCAGUUGGGUGCAAUCUUCAGUACUACAUGCCAUUAAGUCCUACACACUGGACCUUUAAGUACCUUCUAUCACAUUGGUGUAGGUUACAGUGACAAACUGGAUACAUCUUGGACUCGUCUGAUCUACCUAACUGAAUGCACACACA